CACGUUAACGUGAUGGGUGGAGCUUAAGAAUGACAGGGCAGCAGGACAGCACGUUUUAUUUGAGAAAUCCGUUAUUCAUAUAGUUUCUGUUUUUUUUAUUAUUAUUAAUUCGGUUUAUCAGAACUAACUUCGCGUCUUUAAACGGUUCUGUUCUCAUUUCUGGUUUAAAUUGUGCAUUAAAUCUCGCUACUUUAUUAGCUGGGUUAGCUUAGUUAGCCAGAGAGCUACAUUAACUACAGCUCACUUUAAGCUAAACGGUUUCAGAGACUCUUAUUUCGGUUUUCUUUAUUAAUUAUUUAUUAUUAUUUCUGUCUGUUUCGGUUGUAGAUAACAGACAGGUAACUGAUAAACACUUAUAUGUUGGUGUUAUGGCAGACAGAAGCUCACACAGUGUCUACAACAUCUUUAACUCCAUGGAGUUCGGACCUUCUGCUGAAAGUUCAGCUGCUACUGCUGCGUCCUGGUUGGAGAAGCACUCUCGCUCUCUUGGCCUGUUUAUUGACGGGAAGUUUGUGCACCCGGAUAACAGAGAGACUCUCGCAGUUUCUGAUUUGAAAGGUGAGAUAUUGUGCAGCAUUGUGUGUGCUGAUGAUGAGGACAUUUUGAGCUGCGCAACGUCAUCUGCUAAAGGAUUUCAAAAGUGGAAGGAGAUGAGUGACAGUUGGAGACACAAAGUGCUACUCAGGUUAGCGAGCUCACUGCAGAGGUACAGCCAGUGUGUGUGUGAAGUGUGUGAUCUGUGUCGGAUUCCCGGUUCCGCCCCGGCACUCGUCCGACUGGCUCAGUAUUACGCUGGCUGGGCUCAACUCCGACACACACUCCUGCCUGAGUGGAACCCACGAGGUGUGGUUGCCGUGGUGAUGUCAGAUGAUGUUUUUUUCUACUCCGUUUGGCUGAAGGUUCUUCCAGCUCUUGCUGUAGGUAAUGCUGUCAUUGUGGUUCCUGGAGUAAAAACUGCUCCUCCCACCCUCCUAUUGGCCCAGCUGUUAAUGGAGGCGGGACUUCCUGCUGGUGUGCUGAACGUGGUGACCGGCAACGGCUCAGUGGGAGUCCGAGUGGCUCAGAACAACCAGAUCAGCUACGUCACCUACAGUGGGAGCAAACAGGAUGGAGAGCUGCUGAUGAAACAGAUGGCUGGGCGGGGCAUACCUGUCUCUCUCUCCCUGUCUGUCUGCUCUGUGUGUCCAUUCAUCAUAUUUGAGACUGCAGAUGUGGACAGUGCUGUCGAUGGACUGAUGGACACUGCUUUCAAAAACUGUACUGAGUGGCGGUGGGUGGUGUGUGUGCAGGAGUCGGUGUAUGAUGCCGUGGUGGAGAAGCUGAAGUUCAGGAUGGCUGGAAUGAAGUGUGUUGGUGUGAGUGAUGAGUGUGAGAGAGGGCGAGUGGACGCUGCAGUGCAUGAGGCAGAACAGCAGGGGGCGACGUUGAUCCAGUCUCGUCCUCCACCCUCAUCUGGAUGUGUGUAUCCCCCCACAGUGGUGUGUAACGUGGCUCCCUCCUGCUCCGCAGUGGUGUCUCCUCCGCCUGGCCCCGUCGUGCCCCUGCUGUCCUUCAGGAGCGCUGCAGAGGGCGUGGCUUUGGGAAACUACAGACCUCAUGGUCGAGCUGCUUCCAUCUGGACUGAAGAUCUGACAUUGGCUUUGGAGACAGCAAAGAGUCUGUGUGUGGGUUUGGUGUGUGUGAACACUCACUCUGUGACAGAUCCUUCUCUCCCGCAGUCUGGACGGAGAGAAAGUGGAACCUGCACUGACGGAGGUCGAGAGGGUCUGUAUCAGUUCCUGAGUGCAUCCGUGACUCCGGCCCGCUCUGAACCCGUCUCUGUGGACUACACCAGAUUUGGUGCUGCAGCAUCCAGGUUCCUGGUUCCAGAAGGUUCUAAUUCGUCCAGUGUCUCUCGCUCCUGCAGUCACCUGGUAGGGGGGAAGGUGUGUAAAGCUGAUUCGGGCUGCAGUAGGGCAGUGCAGGCUCCAGGGGGCACUGUUUUGGCUCAGUGUCCUGAUGGUGGCAGGAAAGAUGUCCGUAAUGCAGUGGAAGCCGCACUGAAGGUCCAGCCGGGAUGGAUGAAGAAAAGUCCGGCAGCUCGAGCUCUCGCCCUCUACUCCCUCGCUGACAGUCUGGACAAAAGAAGGCAGGACAUGGCUGCGUCAAUCCACAAUCAGACCGGUCUCUCUAUGGAGGAGGCAGCUCAGGAGGUGGAGCUUAGCAUCUCCAGGCUUUCUGAUUGGGCCGCACUUUGUGAUAAGCAGAAUGGACACGUGCCACUCCUCCCUCACACUGGCUCCGCCCUCUCGACCCCAGAGGCUUUAGGAGUUGUAGGUGUGGUCCUGCCUGAUACCAAGCCUCUUCUCUCCAUGGUGUCCGUUCUGGGGGCAACUGUUUCCGUGGGCAACGCUGUCGUCAUGGUGCCAAGCGAGAAGUUUCCUCUUCCAGCUCUCGAUUUCAUCUCGGUUCUCCAGGCGUGUGAUGUUCCUGCGGGUGUGGUCAGUGUCAUCAGUGGUGGAAAGGAUCAGCUGACCCAGGCCUUGGCCAAUCACAAUGAGAUCCAGGCCAUAUGGUACUGGGGCAGCGCGGAGGGCCGUCAGUUUCUGCAGCACUGUAGUCCUCUGAAGCGUCUGUGGUUGCACUGUGAGGAAGAGGAGGAUGAAGAUGGAGGAAAAUUCUGGACCAAGCCGAGUUUCUCAAUGCAGGAGGAGAUGUGGAGAGAGUGUGUGGUGUGGAAGAGUGUGUGGAUCCCCACCGCUUAGACAGACAGACAGACAGACACACACGCACACACGCACACAAGGAGAGUCAGAGAGAAACGAGAGGUGUGUGUUUACUGUUAAUGAAUAUUUAGAAUGACUAAAUAAAAUAAAUAUAUUCUAGUUUUAAGAAAUUUAUUAUAGUAAGCAUCGCAGUUUAUUAAAUCAGAGUUUUCUCACUGAGCGUUUGGAAGGUCGAGUUCUGGGUUUUAUAUAAAUCACACAGAGAAAAAGAACUGAUUCAGCUUUUUGAGGAGAAAAUGAACAAGUUCUUUUUCCAGUAAGCCUUGUUGCAAAACUCUGUCUCGUUUCUGGCCAUAAAUUUAUAAAAGCUCUUGUGUAUCACAUGGGAUCUUUUAUUAUGUGAUUUGCACAUCAGACAUUCCAGGAUAAAAAUGAACACUCAGGAACACAUCAGUACUUGAAUAAUUAAAUCAUUAGUAAUAUUUUAGGCUGAAAAGCAGCAUAAUUGUGGACCUGAGACUAAAGAAAAAGCUUUAACUCUGCAUUUAAUAUAAUUGGUGCAAAUGAAUUACUAAUUCAUGUAAUAUAAUUUCUACCAGAGUUUCUAUAUUACAUUAUUACAUCUUCUGUAACGUUUAAGUUUGAACAACCCUAAUCCUAGUGUGUGUGUGUGUGUGUGUGUGUGUGAGAUUGUGCCUUGUGAGGGGUUGGUACCCUGUCCAGGGUGUCCCCACCUUGUGCCCUGAGUUCCCUGGGACAGGCUCCAGGCUCCUCACGACCCUGCGUAAGAUAAACGCUACAGAAAAUGGAUGGAUUACAGAACAGGCCAGACUCAGAUUUCAGUGUUCAUGAUUACUGUAGAUUUUCCCCAGAACUUUAUCAUCACCGUCUGAUUCUGAUGCAUAGAAACAUUUUUGAGAGGAAAUUAAAAAGUUUCUCCACAGCUUUUAUUAAGUGCAUAGAUUUUAUAAUGGAAACUAAUUUACAUCGUAUUUAACCUGCUAAGUCUGUGAGAAUACUGAGAACGCUGCAAAGUUCUAAUAAUGCCAUUCUACUUCAUCAUUAAGUAAUUCAUUUCCAUUAAACCUUCUGUGACAUUC